UUGAGGGAUGCUGUUGUCAGUUCACGUUGUGACCCCGUUGUACCCAUGUUCCCAAUAACGAUCCUAGGACUUUCUGACGAGUUGCUUUUAGCUGUUCUUUCUUUUCUUAGUGUAAAGGAUAUCUUGUCUGUAGCUGAUGUAAAUAAGAGACUUCAUGAUGUCGCCUCGGACUUGUCUUUAUCCAGAAAGGGGGUGAAUUUUAGUAGAUGUUAUGAGGUGACUAAUGAUGAUGUCAAGUCCUUUUUCCAGCUCCAGUCACCUAAAGCUGUGCGAGUGUUGAAUUUUAACCAGUGUUAUUGGUUCAAAUCAAAAUUCAUACAAAAUGUCUUAAGAAAAUGCAAUAAUGUGACUGAAAUUGAUCUGCGUGGUUGUCAGGUGACAGCUGUUUUACUCUCUGACAUUCUAGAGAAAACAAAGAAAUUACAAACUCUUGGAUGGAGCACUGAGGGCAACUUCAAUGAAUCUAAACCUUGUGCUGAAACUUUGAAAAAAUUGAGAAAGUUAUGGUUGAGUGUUCAUUACUGCUGCCGUUCAUUACUUGGUCUAUGCCUUAAUUUAGAACUACUACAUUUAGACAGUACUUCAGAAACAAAGUGUGAAUGUCGUCAAUCACAGAGGGUACAUCAUUAUCCAAAUCUCAAAGAGCUUAUUAUGUUCACUAGAAAUGUUCCUUGUUUGCCAUUGCUAUCAUCAAAACAGUUAACUCAAAUGAGAAGAAUAGCUGUACCAGAUGAUAUUUAUGGACAUUAUUUUCAAUAUAAAUCACAAUCAUUACAAACUUUAGAUGUUGAUGUGAUGAGGUCGGUUAGUAACAUCAGAAUGGGAACUCCAGCGUUGCGCAUAUUCAAAGAAUUGAAAUGGGUAAGACUUGCCUGUGGAUUUGAUGUUAAAUUACUCUCAAAUUUGGUGUCCAUAAUUGAAAUGAAUUGUGACUUACAAGGGCUUAGUCUUGUGAUUGAUAGAAGAAAGCCAUCAUUCAAUUUUCUGACAUUGGAACAUAAUGGUGGCGUUUUACUUGCAUCACUUAUUGAGAAAUGUCAUAAUCUUGAAUAUCUCAAUAUCACAUGUCAUUGUCAUCUCCGUCGUGAUCAACAAAUUAUUAUCCAAGAAGUUGCAGAUAACAUCGCAAACAAUGAAAAAGUGACUGCUUUGUCACUUCCAGUCUGUUUGCUAGGAAGUGUGCAUUCAGAAGAAAAGUCUCUCAAUAAACCUCGGUUUACAUUUAAUGGAGUGAUAAGAUCAACACGAGUAGGAAUGUCAACUAGUUGUGAAGCUGAACCAAAUAAAUUGUUAUCAAAUAUAUUGAAAUGUUGUGCAGACCUGAAGGAGUUCAGUUUGAUUUCUCCAAGCUUUGUAUCAGAGUUGAAUGGCCAAAGACCAGUUUUAUG